AGAAAACAAUCGAAAAAAUACGUUUAGAUAUGAAGAAAUCUUCGUAUGUUCUCACGAGGAUUUAUCGAUCACGCGAACGAGACAGACAAAAAGAAAGGAUAUCAAAAAGAUCGCUGUGACAUUGAGAAGGAUGAAUUUAGUUAAAUGAUAUUUCCAUAAAUCCUUAUAUUUCUGUUUAUUUUGAACCUACGUGAUGAUACUCUAACGUUGAUUGAGAAUUUAAAAGAAAACGAAGAAGGAAAGAGAAAAAAAAAUGUUUCAUUAGAGAAACUGUACGAGCGUGUGUUAUGUUUGACGUCAUUCGGUCAACACAGCCGUCCGAAGAAAAUCGAAAACGUAAGAGGAGGAAUUUUAGCGAUGCUACUUCUUUCAAAGUUUUGUCGUCAUCUUCAAACACGAUCAAGAUCAUCAUACGGAUUUGUAAUACUUAAUAUUAUACAAAGUUCCGUUCAAAAAAUGUUACGUCGUUAUUACGUUGAGUCUCGACUUGUACUUCGUGACAGAGAAAAUACGUUUGUGGAUUUGUUCGUCAUAAGAAAAUUUGUUUAUCGUACCGAACGGAUAUAUUUAACGUCGUCGAUAUAUUCAUGAAAGAAAAAAAAAUACAAAACUUUUCGAGUUAGUUACGUUCAAUCGUAAAUCUCGAACUACCGACGUUUCUUACAUAAGAUACCAACAUAUCUACUCUCUCACUCUCUCUCUCUUUAUCUAUCUACCUAUCUAUCUCUAAGUUCAUACUUGAUGAAUUAUAAGACAAGAGAGAGAGAGAGAGAGAGAGAGAGAGAGAGAGAGAGAGAGAGAGAGAGAGAGAGAGAGAGAGAGAGAGAGUGCAAGAAGAUUCAAGGUAGACGGAAUGAUUCAUUCACCUAUAACGGAUUAAAGUUAAUGUUCGCGAUUGAAUUAUUCUUUCGUCGAAGAAAUUAAAUAAAAAUAAAAACAGAAAGAAAGAAAAAGAACAAACAAAUAUCCAAAAAAAGAUGAAAGUUCGAAGUUAUCCUGGUCGGGCUGUACUGGAAGACCCGGAACUUCUAUUGGACCCGGACGCGACACGAGGUCGUGCAAUGGAAUUACUUUACGAGGCCAGUUGGAGAGAAUGUGGCAUCAACUGGACAAACGACAGUAGGAGCAACAAGGUGGUGUCUCGUGAACGGGACGAACUGGAAUGCCGAGAACCGUACGCCGAAGUGAUAUCACAAUUGGAAGGAGUACUUGAGGGUAGUAGUCCUAAUAAUGGUGGUGGUGUUAGCGGUGUUAGUAGUGGUGUUGUUGGUAGUGGUGGUGUUAUUAUUGGUGAUGGUGAUGAUGAUGGUGGUGACGAUGAUGCCGAAGAUUCGAGGGAUUCUUCAAGUCCAAAAGAAUGUAGGAGAUCUAGGAGAUCUAGUAGCACUGAUACAACAGCCAGCAGUACCGAUUCGUCCGAAUCAAAUCAGGCUGUUGUUGGCAAUGAACAAAGCGGAUUUCUCAUUCCAAGACCGAGACUCAUCGUACCGGUUCACACCUACGCUAGGAGACGACGAACCGGGGCUCCGCAACCUAUCAGAAGACGGCAAAUACGCCAAGAGGGUAAAGUUGAAGUAUCGAGAGACGGCAAGUACCUAAGCAAUUUGACGCCAGGCAAGGUUCUUGGUGAAUUAGCAAUUCUUUACAAUUGCAAAAGGACAGCAACAAUAACUGCUGCGGUUGAUUGUAGACUAUGGGCCAUAGACCGACAAAGUUUUCAAACUAUUAUGAUGAGGACAGGCCUCACAAAACAAGCGGAAUAUACCGAUUUCUUAAAGAGCGUACCUAUUUUCAAGAAUUUACCUGACGAAGCUUUAACAAAAAUCACUGACGUUUUAGAGGAAACUACCUAUAACAAUGGCGAUUAUAUAGUUAGACAAGGUGCCAGAGGUGAUACCUUCUUUAUUAUUAGUAAAGGUCAAGUACGUGUUACUAUGAAGCAAAAGGAUUCAAUAGAAGACAAAUUUAUUAGAACAUUACGCCGAGGUGAUUUCUUCGGUGAAAAAGCUUUGCAAGGUGACGACCUGAGGACUGCUAACAUCAUCGCAAACGAUGUCGAUGGUGUCACUUGUUUAGUCAUAGAUCGUGAAACUUUCAAUCAAUUAAUUUCUCCUUUGGACGAGAUACGGAAGACAUACGAAGAUGAACUCGUGGAACGACGAAGAUUGGACGAGGAGUUCCGACACGUUCAAUUGCACCAUCUACGACGAAUUGCUACCCUCGGUGUUGGUGGCUUUGGCCGUGUCGAAUUAGUUCAAAUUGGUGAUGAUAGUUCUCAAGCAUUUUCAUUAAAACAGAUGAAAAAGGCACAGAUAGUCGAAACGAGACAGCAACAACAUAUAAUGUCGGAAAAACGUAUCAUGAAUGAAACUAAUUGUGACUUUAUUGUCAAGUUAUACAAAACAUUUAAAGACGACAAAUAUUUGUAUAUGUUAAUGGAAGUAUGCCUAGGAGGAGAAUUAUGGACUGUUCUCAGAGAUAGAGGACAUUUUGAUGAUCCCACUACACGAUUUUAUACUGCUUGCGUCGUCGAAGCUUUCGAUUAUUUACAUUCACGAAAUAUUAUUUAUCGUGAUCUUAAGCCGGAAAAUCUUCUAUUGGACAACGAAGGAUACGUCAAAGUUGUGGACUUUGGAUUUGCCAAGAGAUUGGAUCAUGGAAAAAAGACAUGGACAUUCUGCGGUACGCCGGAAUAUGUCGCACCGGAAGUUAUUCUCAAUAGAGGCCACGACAUAAGCGCCGACUAUUGGUCCCUUGGUGUCCUUAUAUUUGAACUUCUCACUGGAGCGCCGCCAUUCACCGGUUCUGAUCCAAUGAAAACAUAUAACAUUAUUUUAAAAGGCAUCGAUACCAUAGACUUUCCGAAGAUAAUAACACGUAACGCUUCUGUCCUGAUUAAAAAACUUUGCAGAGACAAUCCGGCAGAACGACUCGGCCAUCAGAAAGGAGGCAUUAGCGAAAUUCAAAAGCACAAAUGGUUCGACGGCUUCAAUUGGGAAGGCCUACGACUACGUACAUUAGAUCCACCAAUAAGACCUCGUAUACGUGCUCCUAUUGAUACUUCAAAUUUCGACGAGUACCCACCAGACAAUGAUCCAGUGCCUCCCGAUGAUCUCUCUGGAUGGGACGCUGAUUUUUAAUUUAACGUUAUAACACGAAUAAAUAGAGAGAAAACAAAAAAAAAAAAUAUGUUGAAAUUGUUGACACGUGAAUAUUUCAUAAUACAUUAAGCCAUAUUAACGGGAUUUAUAACGAUAAUCUGGAAUGUAUUAUAGGAAUCGUUUGACGUGCGUGGAUUACGACGAGAAUCAUCUAUGAUUGUUUUACAUUUAGCACAAUUAAAUGAGGAAAUCGAUAACAUCUGCAUUUAUUCCUCAUUAAUUUUCAUUUAAUUUCCACGGACAAAUGAUUCUUAACGAAUUACAUUAGACUUUAAUUCUUAUGAUUUUAAUUUAGUUCAAUUUCAGAUUCAAUCUAAUUCAUAAUAAUGAAUUCUUUAAAGAUUUUAUAAAUAAAGAAGAAAAAAAAGAAAAAAAAAACCUAAUAAAGAAAAAAAAAAGGACUAAAAAUUUUUCAUGAUCGAUUUGUAAACAAAUUUUAUCAAAAAGAAAAAAAAGUAGAAAAAGCAAAAAAAAAAAAAUAUUUAUAAAUAGUAAGUUCAUACGCAUUGCAAUGUAAUAACGCGCACCUAGAUAAAAAAAUAAUUAUCAAUGUAAAUUCAUCUGAGCGUACAAGUUGUAUGUACAUACCAUCUUAUAGAAUUUAAAAUUAGUAUAACAAUAACAACAUGAUUAUAAAAGAAUACAUUGUGCUGUUGAUUUUCAAUCGGAUUUUAAAUAGACAAUAUUCUAUUAUUAAAAGUUUCUUUGUUUUGCGCAAUGAAAUUCCUUCAAGUUCAUUUAUAUAUGUAUGAUAUUAAGUUCACUCAAUUAUUAAUAUUAUUUUUCUUGAAUUUUAUCGAUAAAACCAUAAAAUUUUUGAAGAUAUCGAAAUUAUUUAAUAAUCAAAUAUUUAUCGAUUUUACUUAAAAUUUAUGUACAAAAGUUCAGAAGUUUGUUGAUUGUUAAAAAGAAAAAAGAAUAUAUAUAGUUUAUCCUU